AUGGGUAUAGUCAAAGCAAUUGGACAAGGAGUCAUGAGCCUACUACUACCAGAAGAUGUGGAUGGGCCCAACCAACCAACUAGGAGGUGCCCCAAAACAUUUAUUGACUGCAAUCCUUUGGGUCGCAAUGUAGAUGUUGCUGUUGAUCCUCCACCUAGUGUACACACAUCAACAACUCCUCCAUGCCCGAGCAGUGAACUCAACAAGACACAUUCAAGGGUAUAG